AUGGCCAGACAAUUUAGCCGACUUCGAAGUUACUCCACUAGAACUGAUUCGUUCAAUAGUAUCAUUACCAAAGGUACAAUUGCAGGACAAAGCGGUCCCCUUUCAAACACAACAUAUGCAUUGAAAGAUAACAUUGUCACCAAGGAUUUUCUCACGACUGCUGCGUCGCAUGCGUUAUACAACUACCAAUCGCCCUUUGACGCCACCAUCGUCAAGCUACUAUCAAAUGGCGGAGCCACUUGUAUUGGAAAAGCCAAUCUUGACGAGUUUGGGAUGGGAUCGUCCAACUUGAAUUCGUAUUAUGGAGCAGUGGUGAAUCCAUUCAAUGAAAAUGCUGUCCCUGGUGGCUCGUCUGGUGGAUCAGCUGCUGCUGUCGCGGGAGAUGUCUCUAAGUUUGCCAUUGGUACUGACACUGGAGGGUCCAUUCGGUUACCUGCCAGUUAUUGCAAUGUCUUUGGGUUUAAACCUACAUACGGACGUAUUUCUCGAUGGGGUGUGAUACCAUAUGCACAAACCCUAGAUACAGUGGGGAUCCUCAGUAAAGAUAUCGGUUUAGUGGAGAAGGUGUAUGAUGUUUUGAAUGUGGAGGAUCAAAAAGAUCCAACUUCGCUCCCUGAAUCAGUGAGAAAGAAUAUGGAGACCACUGACGACUUGUCGCCAUUGACAUUUGGAAUACCGCUGCAUUUCUUGUUUGAUGAGGUAUCGGACCAUGUUCGAUCCAAAUGGAUUGAAGUUUUGGAAAGUUUAAUUGAUCUUGGACACAAGGUGAAGUUUAUUUCGGCUAAAGCGAUAAGAAAGGCAUUGCCAGUUUAUUACACCAUUGCCACCUCCGAAGCUGCCUCCAACUUGGCCCGAUACGAUGGAACAAGAUACGGCUACACUUCCAAACCCCUUAACGUCAAUGAUCACCCCAUGGAAUUGAUUUUCAAGAACAGGACGGAAUCCCUAGGUCCAGAAGUACGAAGCAGAAUACAAUUGGGAAAUUACACAUUAAGUUCCGAGUCCGGCAACCAUUAUGCAAAGGCAACUGAAUUGCGUGAAAAGUUGACAAGAGAAUUAUCAUCUGUGUUCAAAAUGAGGCAUCCGCUACUUCAGGAUCUGUAUAACGAACAAGGCUGUGAUUUGAUCAUAUCGCCAACUGCAAUGGAUGCGGCACCUUCAGUAGAGGAGAGUACUACAAAAAAUGCCGAAAAUGUAAUUAACGAAUAUAUCAAUGACAUUUUCACCGUGCCUGUUUCGCUUGCCGGCUUGCCGGCAAUAUCAGUGCCGUUCAAUGGUAUCGGAAUUCAACUCAUUGGUCAGUACGGUGACGACAAGCUUGUCUUGCAUGCGGCAAAACUAAUCAAAUAG